CAUUGAAAGCUGAAUACAUGAUGCAGCUCUAAACCACCAACCACCAAGUCCUAGUACGAAGCAGUUCAACAUCAGGCGCGGAAAGCGGGCUAUACAUCGGCCACAUCGUUGUGGAACCUGUGAGAGUCAUUGCGACAUGUUCAAAAUUUACCUGCUGGUCACUUGCAUCUGCGUGCUCGUAGCCGCAGUCUUCUAUACUUUCUACUGGAACCGCAUGAUCUCUGUGUUCAUCAGUCUUCUCUUGCGAGUCAAGUACUGGCGACAAGGAGGCUCGAGUAUAUGGGUACACAUUGGAUCCAUUCACUUCUCAAUCCUCGCGGGACGCAUACUACUCAAAGAUGUCAAAUAUCAUUCCAGUAAUAUGACCGUCAAAAUCGUGACAGCCCAAAUAUCUUGGAGAUAUUGGCUACGCAUGCCAGCUACAGAGGAUGACUUGAAUCGCGCUCAUGUUGGUGGUGAAGAAUUCAACCAUAUGUCACCAUUCCCUUCUUGCCGGAUCAAGGUCUCUGCCCAAGGAUUCGAGUGGUUUCUAUACAACAAGACUGCAGCAUAUGAUCACAUCAUCUCCCAAAUGCAGGCCAAGGCAUCUCCAAGUCCAGAGUCCUCAGAACCGCGUAGAAUGUUUUCUCGAAUGUCGGGAGCUGAAGGGCUGGGUUUCUACCCACCUCCUGCACUGGCAAAUAUCAAAGCGCCUCCCGUCAUCCAUGCUGCGCUAGCCUGGAUUAAACGUCAGACGCCAUAUCUGGACCCGAAUGACCUUUUGCCCAUCGCACUUGAGCUAUCCAAAGUUGCUAUCACUUGCGGUAAUCCUUCAACACCAAGUCUGUUAGUUGCAGAGUGUCAUAGAGCAGAAGGCACGUUCGGGAUUGUCCAGGCGAGGUCGAAGUGCGACCUCUAUAAGCAGCUUUUGAAUCUCAAAUUCCAGAAAGUGCUUGUGCAGCUUGUUGAAAAUGACAACUACCAAGGCAGCAUGCCAACAAUGGGACAUUCUAUUCGCGAGAAAGCAGAAGUGUCGAGUCGGUUCAUAGAACUCGUUCCAUUGGCUUAUCUUCCGUUCCGGGCAUUCUCUAGGGUUUGGAAAGGGCUGAAGUUGUAUUCAUCUAGUCGCAGUUCGUUUAUUCACGACCACGGUGCAGCUGAGAAGUCUCCUGCACUUAUGCCAAGCAGAAAAUCAGCCAAGACCAUCGACGAAGAAACACCUAUUGGCGCUGACUUUGCUGCUCUAGAGUACGCCAUUGAACGGCGCAUUAUCGAAGCCCCCAUUCUGGAGCUAUCAUAUUAUACUGAUGUCGUCGGCGAUGUGCCUGAUGCACAGGAUGGUCCAAGGGGCAUGGGAUUAGAAUCAUAUGACAUCGGCAAUGGCGACCUACCUCCUGAGUGGGGUGUAGAUCUGGUAAUAAGAAACGGGACUCUUCGUUAUGGACCAUGGGCCGAUCGUCAACGAGUCCAUCUGCAACGGACAUUCUUCCCGCCAACGUAUCACGAUCUGGAGGUGUCAAAACACCUUAAACCGGGAGAUAAACGCACUUGGACUGCAAUGAAAGUGUUUGUCGAACUUCGUGACGAGACAGUCCUCUACGUUCCUUUUCGGGAGCCUUCGAAGAACUGGCAAUGGGAUGGUCUUAGCGAUUAUCCGCGUCCGAGGAAGCGCGACCAUGCAGCUCUGCAUUUCACUGCAGGUGAUAGCUCCUCAAUCAGCUACCUUCUGCCUAUGGUUACAAGUCCCGAAGGAUAUGAACCUCGUUUGGAGGUUCAUCUCGAUACAGUUUCUGUAGCAUCGAGCCUCAACGACAUCAAGCUCAUCGCGGCUGAGUCCUGUCGCGUUCAUGCGUCAUUUCCAUCACCGCUUGUAUGGAACGCUGAGCGUCGUUGGUCAUUUUCCAUCUCUCUUCGUCAACCCGUUAUAUACCUCCUGCGAGACCACGUUAAUAUGUUCACCGAUUUGACGCGGGACUGGACUUUUGGGCCCCCUACCGACUGGAAUCUUUUUGUGCCGACUAUCUAUAUACUCGAACUUGAUCUGCACCACUUUGAGCUCAACCUCUAUGCCAACGACCAGAAUAUCAUUGAUAAACCUCUGGACAAGGGAGAGAACACGAUGGUGACGAUCCGUGCUUCGCGUUUAAAAACUGAAGUUACCAUCCCGUCAAACAAAUAUCGACCUGAGGCGACAUCCAUUCCAUUCUCUAUUGAUGUUCCAGAUGUAACCGUUUUUCUGUCCUUGCCGCGGUGGAAUACACAGUACCUCUAUAAUUCAGGGAAAGAGCAUCGCAUACUCCACGCGGCAACCUUCCGCAUCACAUCCUCGUAUUACUAUUGGGCCGAUGUUGAAGCUGAAAAUAUCGAUCAAUUCAAGCUCACGGUCGAGACUAGUAAAGUUGCAUACAAGGCCCUCGGAUGGUCUGUCAGGUGCUUGAUGGUACUUCGGGACAAUUAUUUUGGAUCUUUUACCCACUUUUCUACGCUUGUGGAGUAUCUCGACAAGCAGAGCAGGUUUGGGUUUACUGGAGAUCCACUGGAGAUGAAGUAUCGAGCAGGCAAGGCAAAUUCACUACAGGUUCAGGUGUCGUUACAAUUGCUUUCUGGAGCAAUGGUUCUACCUGCGGGUUUACCUGGCUACGAAGUUCGCGUAGCAAGCGACGGAUCGCCCGACGAUAUUGGUGCAUCCACGGUCAUGGCGUGUUCAGUGCUUCAACUGGACUUACGACUGCAUGACUAUUUUAUGGACGUAUCACUAAAUCUGAGUACAAUCAAGGGUUCUAUACUCGACGCUUGUUCCGAGCACGCUUUCUUCGGCCAGGGGCAUCAACACUACGAAGCCUCAUUUUUAAUCGAUGGUCUGAAUAUCACUGCUCACAGACUAUUUGGGCCACAACCGCGCACCCGUACAUAUGUCUGUGUAUGGGAAAUUGGAAUUGGAGCAGUGAAGGCCCAAUUGACAUCUCACGAGGGUCGAAAUUUAGUGGCAUCUUUAAACACCUUCCGUCUUAACUACAUGGACCUCUCCAACGCUCCCGCGACCGAGUUUGGAGUGCCAGUAGAUCCAGAUGUAACUUUCAUCAGAUUCUCGACUGGCCAUGUGAACGCCACCUGGUCUGCUGGUGCGACAGCCGUAAACUUCUCAAUUCCUUCAGGCUUCAGUUUGCACACCAAUGAUCUGGAAGGCCAAUUUUGUGGCAAGCUCACGAGCGUCAGACUCCCCCUUGCGUCGCUGAAGAUUCUGUUGUCGUCAAGUGAUUCUAAGACAACAUGGUGUGAGGCGGCCGAUUUGUCUACGGACAUCAGCCUGGAUAUAUACAAAUCUCCAAAGACCCGCGAUCCGUCACAGAUGGACUUCAUAAAGGAGCAAGAUGAGCUGACUCUUCGGGCACAACAUCUGCUUGAUGAAGUAAAGAGGGCCCGAAGAGCCUCUUUCCCUACUAAUCCGCAGUCGCUGCAGCGUACGCGUUCCGGUCACCAUCGCAAUGGACUCUAUCUCCCCCCUCCCCGCCUUCCACGUUUCCGCAGAGCAGAACCACACCCUCCAACACCCCUCACGAGCGUUCCACAUCCCAAGAGCUCGGCUACAUGGUGGCCUCGUCUUUCUUAUCUCUCAGAAUCCGACGGAGAAGAGAAUGUAUCCGAAGUAGAUCGCGAUGCACGUCUGGCGAGAAGUCGACUUGCGCCACCGACCGCCGUCGACGACGACAUGUCUGUGUCUGGGGAGGAGUCAGACGACGAGGACCUAACAGAUACCGAAUCCUCGACAAGUGGCUGGUCCUCGACUAGAUGUGGGAUUCAAAGGCAGUCAUUGAUUAAGCGUUACCGUCGGGUCACUAGGUGGUACCGCAGCGUCGACCUCGGCGACCUCGACAGCUGGGAGGACUCGCCCUUUGUUGUAACGAAGGAACCCAGGAUCGCAGCCCAAAAGGACAAGGAUUCGUCCAGAAUACGUCCGACCGUACAAUCUAACGACAGAACCAGCUAUGUCCACUCCACGACUUUCCGCAUACAGUGCAAACGGGAGAUAAUGGUUCGAUUAACCCCCUUGGCUCUCUUGGCAAUUAGGGAUUUGGUGGAAGACCUGCAAUCGCGGUGGCUCAGUCCAGAAUUGACACUGGACUUGGUAAUGGCGAGACACAUGACGAUGUUCAGCGAUUCGCCAGGGUCCCCUCUCUCGACGGCCUUCGACGUUAGUAUACGGUCCGCUCGUCUUCAGGUACUUGAACACAUAUCCUGCCUACGUUCCUCCUCCUUCAAGGAAGCAUUAACUCAAAGAGACUCGAUUGUUGCAAUCAACUGCUUGGCUUCCGGAUGUCAUCUCGCCAUUUCUCAAGGGACCCAGAAAUUGGCUUGCCACCUAGAAAUAUCUGAAACAUCGAUUGGAGUAACGGAUGACUUUGGAGUUGCUCUGGGUUCUAAGUGUUUACGAGCAAAUAGUCCCGUAUUAUCUCUUCGUCGCCUUCAACUGAAUGUCACGCAGAGUCAUGCUAGCAUCUCUGUUGGGCGCUUUGCAGUGGAAAUUCAACCUGUUAGCCUCGAGUGCGCUGUCGCCACGUUUCAGGCAUUGGAACAGGAUUUGCAGGACCUCUCACUCGGCCCCUCUAUGCAGUUUGGCUCAACUACGCGCCUUCCGGAGAUUGUCUACUCUAUUCUGGAUCUCAUCAAGGAUAGGCCAGCCGUCGAUUCACUGUCAACCAUUCAACCUUCUUUCCUCGUCCAACGGGGUUACCCCCAAGUUCUCCGGACAGAUGCUACCUACAAAUUUCUAUUUCAUCUACGAACUGCACUCCAGGUCGCCCGUCUUCAAGGAGAUAUCGGGACGAAUAGCCCAUCCAUUGCAACGCACGACGUGAAGGCUUUGGUGGACUCGUGUCUCGCGGACCUUAUGCUGGACCUAGAAUCUUCCAAAGAAGGUAUACCUAGUCCAUUGGAAACCAUUCUUCCUCAUACCUCCCCAAAGUCCACGACUAGCGCACGAUUUACCGUCGGCUCCGUUAACUUGACUGCUGACCUUAUCAGCAUAAUCGUUGCAGACGAGGUGUCAACAUCCACCAGUCGCCUAGACAUCAGCUCUUGUGCUUUCCGGCUUCGCUCUUCAAAACUAGCACACUUCUCGGAAGGAGUUCAAUUACCGUCACAGAGCCCUUCCUUUGUGAACCAUGAUGCCACCAUUCCACAGACUGUAUGCACCCUCGCCGUAGGUGACGUCAAUGUCACCGUCUCCCCUCACUUGAUGGUCUUCGCACAAUGUGUACUUCGCAUACGGAGGGUAUCAAGUAAACCGAAGCCAGUCUCGAACCAAGCACUUCCAAACUCUGGGCCGUCUCACCUCAUUUUCACGGCCGUUCUUCGUCGCGUUAACAUCCGCGCUGCUGCUGAAAAACUUGCAUUAGAGAUUGGGACCACGGAUAUGGACAUCUUUCUCACCUCACUCAAACGAGUCGAUCCGUUGAUGCAUACUGAGGUCCACUCUGUCAAUUACACUGCUGGCUUUAGCAACGCUUUCAUACGUGCGAGGGCUACCGACAUUGGACCAGGAAUUUGGGCCCAGGAUCAGAACGUUCUUGCUUCCUUGACCUCCUCUGGCAAGCUUAAUGUGCUCUGGCGUCAGGAAUCAUCCACGAGUACUAUCCGUCUCGCGUUCCUCUUAUCUAGCACCGUUUUUUCCGUACCUCGUAGCGCCCUUCGUCUUUACCGCUUCGUGGAAGAGUGGGAAGCGGACUUCCUUCCAGGCAUUGAAGCCACCACCCAAGCCUUUCUAGCAGAGUUGAAGGAAGGGAGGGGAGAUCAUGCGCAGCAGACAGCACUGACGCGCCCUCGUGCUGUCAAGAAGAGCGCGUUAGUAGCCCAUGUCACGGGACGUAUCUCGGAACUUGGUGUUUCUCUCCAAGUCAUGCGAGGAACUUGGUUAUCAUGGAACAUACAUGAUCCGACUGUGUUCCUUUCGUUACCAGGCGGAUCGGGAUCCAAGUCGUCCACGUCCUUUGGUAUUCGAUUUGGCAAGCAAACCUUGGCCAUUUCAUACAAACUACAGUCCGCUGAUGACCACGCGGAUACGCCGCGGAUCAAGGUGACGCUCCCUUCGCUCUCGUUGACAGGUCAUCAUGGCGGCGCUUUCGUCAGAAUCCUUGCUUCUGUGGACUUUUUGGAUGUUUUAAUCAAGCCUUCACAUUGGGAUACGCUUCUCGUCGUCCAACAAAAAUUCGGUCAAGAUUUUGCUGAUUUGAUGGACCUGAUCCAACAAACUCGCCAACGAAGGUUUAAUCCGCCUGGAUCGACGUCGGAUGCAUCUCGAUCUACUCUAUCGUUCAGUGGACACGUCAAUGUGAAGGGAUUCAGAUUUGGGCUUGAAGGUCGCUCCUCCACCUCAUAUCUAGAAUGCGAAGAUGUCGGUGGCGAUAUAUCCAGCAACGAUUCAGGUAUUGCAUGGCGAAUCAGGCUUCGUGACCUGGCGUUGUCGCUUGCGCCUAGAGCGAAUGUCGUGUCACGAGAGACCACCUUCAAUCGGAACCACCGAUCUGCAUUUGUAAUCGUAGAUCUUCGCGCUAGGGGAAACACCCACAAACUGGAUUUCCGCGUCCCAAAGAUCCAUGCCGUGAUGCAACCCAGUUCUAUAGGAGAAGUCGCUGACUUCUUAGACCAUCAACAGGCCGAGUUGCUUAUUCGGAGAGAUCAGCGAGCUGCGGAGUUGGCAGCGUUCAAGGAAAAGACUCGCAGCGUUCUGAAAACGUUUGAUAUGAGAACGAGCGAGGCCAUUCGUGACCAAAAGCCCUCUUGGCUUAGCGAACGUACUAUAAACGUAGUCAUCCAGAAGAUUGGAGUGGCCUUCCCCCUCAGCCUUGAACAAACGCUGGAGCUUCCCCGGACGAACUUCCAUGACGGCCCUUCCGUCAGGGCCUUCUUGUUUGCUAUUCGGCGUAUCAAGUUCAGCGCACAGAGAGGAGAAGCGGGUGAGAUGUCAACUAAAGAAUUAUCCUUCCAGUUUGUGCCCAGUUUCAGGCAAUCUUCGUCCGAAGACUUCGCAGCAGACCAGCAUAAAAGCCGAAACCGACUGGUGUACCCCCACAUGACUGCGCGGCUACGAUCGGAUACAUCUUUGUUCAGUCGUCAUAUCUGGUUCUCUGGAAACGUCAGUGGAUUUAUCUUGGACUUGGACUCCAACAUCCCUGAUUACAUAUUCUCGCUCAUUGAUGUGUACCGUCAAGGAAGAGAACGAAUGGCCCGCAUCGCCGCAAGCCUCCCCCGUACUACUACAGCGCACCUCGCGAAGGACGAUGUCUCACCACGAGGCGGGCAGCAAAAUGUUCCGGCGUCAACCAUCUUUGCAAAUCUAGUCUUCCAGAGCGGAGAAGUACGCAUUCAUAGCGAUGCAAAACGUGCACAGGCUCCGUCUCUGAGCGCUCACCCACCGUCGGACGGCCAACUUCGCCCAGAGCAGGAGACACUGAAGCUUCCAGUGAUCUCUGCUUGGGUUGAAUAUCGCGCUUCAGGGAUGCGAGCCGGUCCUGCAGCCCUGAUAUUCAAAAGCACCAUUCAUUCCAGCCAGAACACUCUGAGACCGAGUCUUCUCCCUUUCAUGACCGAAAUCGUUGACUACGUGCAGUUGCGCUUACGCAAGACUAGUCAGGCGAAUACACUACCCAUUGCACCAUCUCCUUCGGAAGAUGAAUCGUCCUCGCUGCUGACCUCAAGUCGUCUGGAGAAUUUAUCCGAGGCAUCAUCGAGUCUUCAAAUCAGCUUCAGUCUCCGCAUAGACAAAUCAAAGCUCGAAUUGACCUGUCAGCCGGAUGUCAAUGUAGUGGCAGCUUUGCAUUGGGAAAGUGGUGGUUUCCUUGUGAACAUCUCGCCGGGUGCCCAUAGUGUGACGUUGACGGGCACUGUAGACGGCCUCACGAUCGGCCUCAAGCACGGGUUUUUGAGUGACGACUGCGUCAAUAUCGCAGCUCGCAAUCUUGCGUUUGUCCUUGCAUUUGCCAAGAACGAGGACCGUACUGGAAAUAUCGACAGUACCGUUUCACUGGUGGUGGAUACGGAUAUCUCUGGUGGUGUGCGUUUCUCCCGCCUGCAGGAUGUUUUAUGUUUCAAGGCGGUUUGGCUCGAUCGCAUCCCUCUGUUUGUUGCAGAGCAUGCAAGCUCCGACAGUUCACGCCCGCCGACAGCCUCUCCCUCCUUGGCUAGCACUCCUGUGGUAAGACAAGAGGUCACCACUGCACUCAUCAUUCGCAUUCGCCAAAUCCACUUGGAUGUAGAUCUGGGACAGUCCAUCAGCAGUGUGACUCUGGAUCUCAGGAGCGCACUUAUGCGAAUACGCUUCUCCGAGAUGUCAACGGAGGUAUCGCUCUCAGUGGUAGCAGUCUCCAUCCUUGCCAGGGGAAACGUCGCGGGACACAUGAAUGUGCCAGACUGUGUCUUUCAAACGAUCCGCAGGAACGAAGGCGCUUUGCCUGAUGAUUCAGGGACAGCUAGAAUGCUUGAACUCAGCAUGACUAGUGGCCCUCUAAGCGCUGAGCUCGAGUCAGACCACCAGCGGCUGUUAAUUUACAGAGCUGAUCCCGUGCAAGUGGAUAUCCACGAUGAUUGGUCGCUCGUCUCCUCCGCAGACAGAGGACAAGACCGGCCUCUGCUGCUUACAUUCGCAGUCAAUGGCAAAGAGAUCAUUGCUCUUGCUACCAUCGCAACCUUACCGAAGCUGUUGAUGUAUGUCAACAAGUUCCAGGCGAAUAUUGCCGCACAGCGUGACGGCGCGAGCCAGGAAUCAGCCGCUUUCCGCGCUACUCAAUCGCCCAAGCCUGACAAUCCACUUACCGAAGUUGCAUCGGCAUUUUUCCAUUCUGCUCGUAACCGGUUCAAGGAAGCGGACACGGAGCUAUCGCAUAAAAUUCGCCAGCAGUUGAGCUUCCGUCUGGAGACACUUCGCCUGAUCCUUUUCCCCCGCACGAUGGGUGAUACCGAACUCGCGCAGUUUAUCGGACGCGAUGUACAUGCGAGCUUGGAGCGUGUGGUGAUAGACGGAAAACCACCUCAUAGGGAGAUCCGUUUAUCAUUCACGGCCUUGACAAUUUCGAAGUUCACACAGCUUCAGCCACUUCUCCCUUCGACAACAGUAGUGUCCGAUGACAAAGCUUGGGUGGAUCAUUUGUUCAAGAACCCCACAGAGGCUAUCAUUGUGGGUCUGCCCACAAUGAAUAUGCUGAUGUUCACGGACGAGGUACUGGAAGAACUUGGCAAGUACAUCGACUACAGGUUUUAUAGCUCAUUCGUGCGAGGCAAGGGCACCAAGGAGCACGAGGACAUCUACAUCACGCUCAACGUAGCACUCUAUUCCUGGCUAACCAGUCUUCGCAAGAAUUUGUCCAGGGAAUUAGAACAGGUCCAGGGAUCUCAAGACUCGCGUAAUACGGCAGCGGGUCCAUCGUCGCGCAAAAGAGCCGCGGCUACGGAGCCACCUCCGGGCAUGGAUAUUUCUCAGAACGUGGAUGUAUCAAGUCUAGUCAGCUCCACAUCUAGCCCCUUGGUAUCCGGGAAAACUGUGUUGCUGAGCCCAAAACCAUCUGUCACAGUUUCGUCUCUGGCGACAACAACGAAUCAGUUUUCUUCCACACCCUCAGAACUCUCCACACAGUCAUCACUGCCAACUUCCCAAGCCCGUCCCUCACCAGAUUCGCUCGACCCUUCUCCGCCGCCUACACUUCCAACCACCACAAAAACCGCCGCCAUCGUAUACAGGUCUCGUGAUCGCCGGAUAGAGCGACUCACCAUGCGGCAACUUGGAGAAGCUACUCCGGAUGUUAUGCACCCAUUUUUCAUGAAGACAGCUGGUUUCAACCUCGAGGACUCUCUUCCACAAUACGUUCAUGAAUAUGCCACAAUUCCUCUGGAGGAAAUCAUGGAGGCCCUGCUGAAGUUGUACUCGAAACAGCUCAGAACCGACAAAGGGACAGGUCAAAAUUAAAUCAGGUUAUAACAGGGACAUUAUAAUUGGGACAUAGUGGAGACAUAAUGUAGAUUUACCGUACUCCAAGACUAAUUCUCUUA